AAAAUCCUCCUUCUGAAAGACAGAUACCCAGAUGCGGCUGCGAUCAAUCGUCAGAUGUGGGAUGUCCUCAAAUUCCGACUUGACCCGACUUGCAUGAAGACAAUCAUGGCGGAGAUCAGAAACUUGAACAGUACUACUGCGACUUGGGAGAAAGAAGGACUGGCAAUGGUGAUGGAUUUCAUCAAAUCAGGCAGAAUGAAUAUUGAAAAGGAACAGCAAGCGACUUUGCAUUUAGCACGAUCGAACGUCGCCCCCGCGAACGCAAACCCCAAUGCGUUUCUUGCUGGUGCAUCGUCAUCAUCUGCUUCUUCUUCUUCCAACAAAAAUUCCAACUUCAUCGUCGCACCGGAAGGCGCGACCUUCGAACAGCAAUUGAUGUGUCAAUCCAUCAAUAACCAAACCGCUUUAGUUAUGAUGAAUAAGGGUCACAAAGGACAGGGAAAACACAACAACAA